CACUCUAUUUGGUUGUUUACAUUUUUGCUUGCAAAUUUAUUGAAUAAAAAUAAAUAAAGAAAUAAAUAAAUAGGCAAGGAUGGCCCACUACAAAGGUGCUGCCAGCGAAGCUGGCCGUGCCGCCCAGCUUAUGAAGAAGCGUGAGAUGCAGCUCCAAGAGAUCGAGCUCCGAAAAAAGAGAAUCGAGGAGGAACUGAAGCUGGACAAGAUUGAGAACAAAUUUGCCACACAUUAUGAUGCCGUGGAGCAGCAGCUUAAGUCCUCGACCAUUGGUCUAGUCACACUGGACGAGAUGAAGGCCAAGCAAGAGGAUAUAGUGCGGGAGCGGGAAAAGAAACUAGCUCAAAAGAAGGAUGAAAAGGAUCGGGAGAAGCAGCGUGCUUUGGAGGCCAUUCAGGCGGAGAAAAACAAACAGAAACGACAAAUCCAGGCACUAUCCUUUAACCUAGAUGAAGAGGAGGAGGAAGACGACGACCAGGAUGACGAAAAGGCUAAGAUAAAGCAGGAGGAGGAAGUACCCAAAGUUAAGCCCAAAUGGACGGAGAUCCAGAAUGAAAUUGUUCCCAUUAAGAAAAAGAAAAUAUGCAAAAACCCCGACGUGGACACAUCCUUUUUGCCAGAUCGCGAGCGCGAAGAGCAGGAGAACCGGUUGCGCGAGCAACUACGUCAGGAAUGGGUCAUGCAGCAGGCGGAAUUGAAGGACGAAGACAUAUCUAUCACGUUCAGUUACUGGGAUGGCUCCGGCCAUCGGCGUAAUGUCGUGAUGAAAAAGGGAAACUCCAUCUACCAGUUCCUACAAAAGUGCCUGGAGCUCUUGCGCAAGGAAUUUAUCGAACUGAAGACCGUGAUGGCCGACCAGCUGAUGUACGUCAAGGAGGAUCUAAUUCUGCCUCACCACUACUCUUUCUACGACUUUAUAGUGACCAAAGCCCGCGGGAAAUCUGGCCCGCUCUUCCAAUUCGACGUUCACGAUGAUGUCCGAAUGAUCAGUGACGCCUCCGUCGAGAAGGAGGAGUCGCAUGCUGGCAAGGUGCUUCUCCGCUCAUGGUACGAACGCAACAAGCACAUCUUCCCCGCCAGUCGAUGGGAGCCUUAUGAUCCCACAAAGUCCUACGACAAGUAUACCAUCAAGGACAAAGACAAGAGCAAUAAAUAG